AUGACGCCUUCCCAAUUCGAUUUGUUUGUCAAGAGGCUCAUCAUGUUGAACACCCCGAAGGUAGUCGUUCUAUUGGUGCUCUUGACAUGGUGGUUAGAGCUUCCCAAAGAUGGCGAAGCAUACCAGGUAUUGGAGUUCUUCGCUGGGGUCGGUCGGAUUGCAUCCAUGUCUCGAUAUGCAGGGUUUAGAAGUGCAGCAGUUGAUAUUGAAUAUGGUAAGUCUACGGGAAAAAGAGCACGGCCACCGAUGGACCUCAAUUCAAAUGCUGGCCUCAUUCUUUGCAUUCGCCUGAUUCUCAACUCAGAGUUCGAGGGCCUCGCAGCAUUCUUUGCUAUAGUUUGCAGUUCUUGGGUCCCCGUGAAUCGGGGCAGUACCAAACGGACUAUCAUGACACCGUUGGGGAAUGAGGAUUUUCCUGCUGUGCGGCGCUCUAACAAGCUCACAAGCAGGACCGUGCUUUGCAU